UUUUACUCAAUAGAGAUGAGUGACACAGAGGACAGGGGGGAGACGAAGAAGGGGAAGCCCAAGGCCCCCAACAACGCGUACUGGAAAUGCAAGGAGAAUCACCCGAAAGAGGAGAUUAAGGAAGAACCUGAACUGGAUGACCAUAAACUCAGCUUUGAAGACCUGGAAAAGAAGUACGGGACCAACAUCAUGGUGGGCCUCUCCAGUGCAAGAGCGGCAGAGCUCCUGGCACAGGUUGGACCCAAUGCCCUCAGCCCUCCCACGAAGACCCCGGAAAUUGUCAAGUUGUUCAAGCAGAUGGUGGGGGGCUUCUCUGUCCUCCUGUGGAUUGGCGUCUUUUUGAGCUGGAUCACCUAUGGAAUUGAGUACGCCUACCAUUCGACUACCAGUGUAGAUGAGGUGUAUUUGGGUGCUGUGCUUGCUGCAGUUGUUAUUUUAACGGGAUCGUUUGCUUACUACCAAGAGGCCAAAAGCACCAACAUCAUUGCCAGCUUCAGUAAAAUGAUUCCUCAGCAAGCUCUUGUCAUCCGAGACGGGGAGAAGAAGACAAUCCCCGCAGAGCAGCUGGUGGUGGGGGACAUAGUGGAGAUUAAAGGAGGAGACCAGAUUCCUGCAGACCUCCGAUUGCUGUCUUCUCAGGGGUGCAAGGUGGAUAACUCAUCACUCACAGGGGAAUCGGAGCCACAGCCCCGGACCUGCGAAUGCACUCAUGACAAUCUUUUGGAAACAAAGAACAUUGUCUUCUUUUCUUCAACCUGCCUGGAAGGCUCAGCAACUGGCAUGGUCAUCAACACGGGUGACCGUACCGUCAUUGGACAAAUUGCCUCCCUGGCUUCAGGAGUUGGAAAUGAGAAGACCCCCCUUGCCAUUGAGAUUGAGCAUUUUGUUCGUGUUGUGGCAGGAGUGGCUGUCUCCAUAGGCCUUGCUUUCUUCUUCAUUGCUAUCUCCAUGAAGUAUCCGGUCCUGGACUCCAUCAUCUUCCUCAUCGGCAUCAGUGAAGCCAAUGUGCCUGAGGGCUUCCAGGCCACUGUCACUGUGAUGCUGACGCUGACAGCAAAACGGCUGGCCAAGAAGAACUGCCUGGUGAAGAACCUGGAGACGGUGGAGACCCUCGGCUCCACCUCCAUCAUCUGCUCUGACAAGACUGGGACUCUGACGCAGAACAGGAUGAGUGUGGCCCAUCUGUGGUUUGACAAUCAGAUCUUUGUGGCCGACACCAGUGAAGACCAUUCAAACCAGACCUUUGACCAAAGCUCAGGAACCUGGACCUCCCUCGCCAAGAUAAUCGCGCUGUGUAAUCGAGCUGAGUUCAAGCCAGGACAGGAAAGUGUGCCCAUCAUGAAGAAAACUGUGGUUGGAGAUGCCUCAGAGACUGCUCUCUUGAAAUUCUCAGAGAUUAUUUUCGGUGAUGUGAUGGAAAUUAGGAAAAGAAACCACAAAGUAGCUGAGAUCCCCUUCAACUCCACCAACAAAUUUCAGCUCUCCAUCCACGAGACCGACGACCCCAAUGACAAACGCUUCCUCGUGGUGAUGAAAGGGGCCCCUGAGAGGAUCUUAGAGAAGUGCAGCACCAUCAUGAUCAACGGCCAAGAGCAGCCCCUGGACGAGAGCUCAGUGGAGGCCUUCCACACAGCCUACAUGGAGCUCGGAGGCCUGGGCGAGCGCGUGCUGGGUUUCUGUCACCUCUACUUGCCACCAGAGGAGUUUCCAGAGACCUAUUCAUUUGACACCGAUGCCAUGAACUUCCCCACCUCCAACCUCUGCUUCGUGGGGCUCUUGUCCCUGAUCGAUCCUCCCCGGUCCAGUGUGCCGGAUGCAGUUGCCAAAUGCCGGAAUGCUGGCAUCAAGGUGAUCAUGGUGACAGGUGAUCAUCCCAUCACAGCCAAAGCCAUCGCCAGGAGUGUGGGUAUCAUUUCAGCCAACAGCGAGACAGCGGAUGACACGGCAAAACGUCUCAACAUUGCUGUGGAGCAAGUGAACCAACGGGAUGCGAAAGCCGCCGUGGUGACUGGCAUGGAGCUGAAGGACAUGAGCUCCGAACAGCUGGAUGAGAUCCUGGCCAACCACUCCGAAAUCGUCUUUGCCCGGACGUCCCCCCAGCAGAAGCUGACUAUCGUGGAGGGCUGUCAGAGACUGGGUGCAGUGGUUGCUGUGACAGGGGAUGGCGUUAACGACUCUCCAGCUCUCAAGAAGGCCGAUAUUGGCAUCGCCAUGGGCAUAGCGGGUUCUGACGCAGCCAAAAAUGCCGCCGACAUGGUCUUACUGGAUGACAACUUUGCGUCCAUCGUCACAGGGGUGGAGGAAGGUCGCCUGAUCUUUGACAACCUAAAGAAGAGUAUUGCUUACACCUUGACCAAGAACAUGGCCCUGCUUUGCCCCUAUUUGAUCUAUGUUAUUUUGGGGCUCCCCCUCCCCAUUGGCGCCAUUACCACCCUGUUCACCGAUCUGAGCACAGACAUUAUUCCUUCCGUUGCCUUGUCUUAUGAGAAAGCUGAAAGUGACAUCAUGAACAGGAAGCCUCGCCACAAGGAGGACAGACUGGUGGACAAGGCCCUUGUCAUCUACUCUUACCUGCACAUCGGCCUCAUGCAGUCCCUGGGAGCAUUUGCUAUUUACCUCACCGUGUACGCACAGGAAGGGUUUAGACCCAGCACUCUCAUUGGCCUCCGGGAAGAAUGGGAAGAUGAUGAUGUGAACGACCUGGAAGACGACUAUGGACAAGAAUGGACGCGGUACCAAAGACAGACCCUAGAGUGGACAGGCUACACAGCCUUCUUCGUUGCCAUUAUGGUCCAGCAAAUAGCCGAUCUGAUCAUGAGGAAAACCCGGAGAAACUCCAUUUUCCAGCAGGGUCUCUCCAGCAAUAAAGCCAUUUGGAUUGGGAUUAUUGCACCGAUCAUCCUAGCCCUAAUCCUCUCCUAUGGCCUUGGGAGCAUUCCAGCCCUGAAUUUCACUAUGCUCAGGCUGCAUUUUUGGUUUAUGGCGGUGCCAUAUGCUAUUUUGAUUUGGGUAUAUGAUGAGGUGCGAAAAGUUCUCAUCAGGCGUUUUCCUGGAAGUUGGUGGGAUAAGAACAUGUAUUAUUAAGGCCAUCUCAUUUCCCAAGUUUCCUGACUGCAC